AUGUCCCGAAAUGAAGAAAAGCAGAAAAAUGAAUUGAAUCGAUUGUAUUUAUCUAAAAUACAUCCUCCCAAAGCCAAGCGACCACACUUGACUCAAAUUCAUACAGUCGAAGAACUUCGUCGAUGGUUACCAUUCAUUGAACGUGAAAUUCAUUCGACAUUAGCACAAACAACAUCUGUUCGUUAUACAGAUGAAAAAGUCGAAUCAAUGUACAAACGAAUCACACAAUUAGAAAGUGAACAUAAAAAAUUUCGACGAAAAAUAGCUCAACUAGAAUUAGGACCUAAUGUCAAUGUUCUUACAACGACUGUCCCAGUCGAAAAAUCUAUUCAUUUUUAUAAAAAAAAAUCAAUGGAAAAUCAAAACGAAAGUUUGGAUGAUAUUUUUAAAACAAACCAUGAUCUACCACUUCUCUCGAUGGAUGAUUAUAGGAUAGUGCCAUCAGAAAUAAAUUUCACAAUGAGUUUAAAUACACGUAAAAAACGAAAGAAAGAACUUCGAGAGGAAUACAUCGAACAAGAUGGUUUAAUAUUUCAAUUGCCUGACGAAAUGCUUCUUUAUCUAUUCAGAUAUCUCGAUACUGAAGAUCUUGUUCUUGUUGCUAGUGUUUGUAAACUAUUCCGUAUUCUUGCAUUCGAUGAAAAACUAUGGAAAGUUGUUGAUUUAACAAAAAAAUCCUACUCAAAUCGAGUAUUAGUUAAAUUCUUCCGUCGUUUUUCCAAUAAAUGUACUGAAACAUUGAAAAUAUCCGGCGCACCCAAUGGGAAAAAAGCGAAAAAUAAUCUAAUAAAAUUGCCACCUUAUACCGAACAAUUAAGUCAUUUUAUUCGUACAUCAUAUUCCAAUCUUCGUUAUCUUCAUAUAUCAAAAUAUGAUUUUCGUGAUGAUUCAACAGCUUGUAAAAAUAUAACGUAUUUACCAUCGAAUCUAAAAGGUCUCUAUUUAAGAAAAUGUGAAAUGUUAAUGACAAGUAUUCAAGGUACAUCGGAUUUUUUGAAAAUUCCCAAAUGUCCAUUGAAAAAUUCGACAUUCGAUUUUUCGCUUCAGCAAUUGGAAAUUUUAUCUUUCGAACAAUCGUCUUGUCUUGGACUUGUAUCGGUACGUUACAUACCUGAUCUAUGUCCAAAUUUAGUUGAACUCAAUCUCAAUGGUUGUUUUCGUAUUACACGUACAAGAACGUUUACAGAUACAUUACUAUCGUUUCAUAAUACCCUACGGCGACUUUAUCUGAAAGACACACAAGUUGAUGAUGAUACAAUUCAUUGUAUUUGUCGAAAGUUAAAAUUGCUCACUGUACUCGAUAUAAGAUCAUGUAAAUAUGUAACAAGAAAUAUUGUGCAAAAUUUAUUAACAUUAAAACAAUUAGAAGAAUUAUUUGCAGAUGAUAUUAUUAAAAUUGAAUAUGAACAAACAAAAGUGUGA